AUGGCAACUCGUGCCCGUGUCAACUCGUCGCUCCGUGCCCAGCACAUGCCGUCCCACUUCCGCCACAUCGACGGCACCUUUGCAAACUCGCGCGGUCAAAACUUGUCCUACUUGGCGCUUUUCCCGUCUGCGGACACGCCUGUUCGGGCACUGGUGCUCUAUUUGCACGGCAUUGGCGACCACAGUCGUCGCUACUAUUACUUGUACGAGAAACUAUGCGCUAGUGGCUUUGGUGUAUUUGCCUAUGACUUGAUCAGUCACGGCGCGAGUGACUCGGACCGUCACGGUCUGCGCGCGCAUAGUGCAAGAUUCCAGCACUUUGUCGACGAUACAAAUGCGUUCCUUACAUUGGCCAAGUCUAAAUUGUUUGCGCAAUUGGGACUUGAUGCGUCGGCAGAAGCGCCGUUGCCGCUAAUCUUGUCCGGCAUGUCGUACGGGACAUUGGUGGGGCUGCACACUAUUUUGAGUGGUCAACACACUUUUCAAGGCGCCGUGCUCGUAGCGCCCGCGCUAUUGGUUGAAAUGACGACCAUCUUGCGCCUCCAGGCGGUGUUUGCGCGUCCACUAAGUACGCUCGUACCUAAAGCCCGCAUUGUGCCGGGCGUCAAUGGCGACUUUUUAUGUCGCGAUCAAGCGUAUCUAGAUGAUUUUCGAGCGGACCCGUUGACGGUAUCAGAACCUGUGACAGCCCGAAUGGGGGCUGAGACAUUAAAAGCCAUGAAAUUGCUGGAAGCAGACAGGCGGGUGCAAGCGCCCGGGAGCGUUUUGGGCAGCUUGCCCAUGUUGAUGAUGAUGGGGUCAAAUGAUAAAGUGACGAGUCUGGAGCUGGCUCAGGUCUUUUUCAAUCGACUGGCAGCUCCGGACAAGGAGUUCAAGAUCUUUGACGGUUUUUUUCAUGCUUUAUUCGAUGAUCCCGAGUGUGAAGCUGUUUUUGACCAUCUGGAGAAGUGGCUGGUCAAGAGGUUCCCAGUUGUGCCGAAACGAGGCGACGAAGCGGAUGGUGUUGAGUUCAAAAGCGAAGAAGGGAAGGUGGGGACAAGUGCUGAAGUUGGUGAUGUUGAGACAGGAAUUGAGGAAGAGAGUGCAACGACCGAUGUGGAGGGAUCGGGAGCUGAGACUGUUGAGACUUUGGUGGUGCCAAUGAUUGAUUAG